CAGAACAUCCCUAUGGGCACCAACUUCUCUGGUAAUUGCUAGUUUAGAAGCCAGAGGGCGACCGGAGUACGUUCAACAUCCGCCUGAUUCCUCCUUACUAAAAACAUUCUUCAUUCUCCAAUCUGUUCUCUCUUUCUCUUUAUAAUUCGUUUUCCAGUUCUCAUUCUCAUCAACAUGAAUUUGCAUGAUUUGGCUAGGAAAUACAAGGAAGAAUCUCGUGGAAUUUACUGAAAAAAAAUACACUGAUGGUGAUUUUGAUUAUGAUGAUGAGGUUGAAUGGAGUUCUCUGUCCACGUCCGCAGAGGAUGUUAUGAAAAAAGCCAAAAUCUUAGAGGAUGAGAAGAAAAAAUCAGGCAUGACAGGAACAAGUCUGGAUACACAAUCAAAUUUUCAUAUGAUUUUUUAGUUUGUGAGAUACUCAGCAAACUCUUAAUGAAGUCGCCAGUGAGGUUCACAUGCCUUUUCAAAAGUUGCCAAUCUUUGAUUGAAAAGGAUCCCUACUACAUUCACUAAAACCAAAUACUCUUUAUUGGAUCUAAUACUACCUUCUGUAGAUGCAUAGGAAUACGAACAGUGAUGCAGUCACAAGUCUAGAUGAAGAAAAAACUAACAUGGAUAGUGAAGAUAGAGCUUCAGAGGAGAAUAUGGCAACUGAGAGGAAGAAAAGGAGAAGCGCAAAUCACAGGAGGAUGGGAUCGAAUCAGACCAGAACGACGGUAUUGAAAUUGCCACUGGAGUGAAGAAGAAAAAGGAUUCCAUAAGCAAAAGCGAUGUUUAAGGUAUGUAACCCAUUCUCUGAGAUACCUGUAGCCGUGCUUCUGCUCCAGAUUUGCUUACUUUAUGGUGUUGAACUGCGGGAAACAGUUGAAGCUCUUCUCCCUCAACGGAUAACUGCCUUUUGCUGGGCUCUUGGCUUAAGUGGUUUCUUGUGUUUUAAACCUGAGGACCUUGGUGGUCAGAAGAAUGUGAAAUUGGAAAGGCAGCAGGACAAACUGCGUGAUGGACUCAUUGCUGCUCAAGAUCCAAAUAAAAAUAUUUGCACCUCUAAUGGCUCAACUUUUGUACUACGUGUUGUGUUGUUGGUCUUUCUGGCAUGGAUAAUGUUGCUCCUGUUCAGUUCAUCUUUGAUAAUCGUAUCCCUACCACUAAGACGUGUACUGCUCAGUUCCCAUUUCUAAUCUCCCAAUAACUCAUGGCAUCAAGAGCAACGAUCUCCAUGCCUUCUUUAUUGGAAAUGUUUCCAUCUGGACUUCUUUCACUGGAGCAAGAUACUUCGUGGAGCGCUUUAAAGCAGGGAAAGGGCAUUUACAGUUCAGCGUAUCUGCAAGUCAUUUUGUAUCAUCAUUAGGGGUUCUAUUCUACUAUCACUCCGGACGAGACGCGCCCGUACGAACAGAGAGAAAGAAAAUGGUGGGAGGGAGAAUGAAUAGCAGGGAAAUGGGUUUUCGUUUCUUUCUACGAAAAAAACUUCUUACACAGAGACCAGUAGACUAGUAGUCAAGGAAGAGGAAUCAGGAGCCAAAUAGAGAGAGUGAAAAUGAGAAGAAGAUUAGAAGAAACCAGAGAAAAGGAGAUACUAGAACAAGAAGAAGAAGAUGAAGAAGAAGAAGAAGAAGAAGAAGAAGAAGAUGAAGAUGAAGAAGAAGAGGAGCAGAUUUGUAGAAUUUGUCACAGCCCUGGUGAUUCUAAAAACCCACUUAAGUAUCCUUGUGCUUGUUCUGGGAGUAUCAAAUUUGUUCACUCUAAAUGUCUCCUCCGCUGGAUGAAGCAACGCAUCACUCUUAAAUGCGAGGUGUGUAAUCAUAAAUAUCCGAUGCAUCGUGUUUAUGCUGAAAAUACUCCAACAAGAUUACCUCUCAGAGAGUUUGUGAGCGGGAUUCCAAUGCAAGCAUGUCGUAUUGUGCGCCUCUGUGUCCGGAUUUGUGUUUCAGUUCUAAACCAACUCCUCAUGCUACCAUAUAUCUCAUUUUGGAUAUGGCGUUUGAGUUUAGCAAAUGGCCUUUCUGAAGGAAUACAAGUAUUACUUCACAGUCAUAUGUCUCCUUCAUCAUUUAUGAUGAUGGACUGGUUGUAUGCCCUUCUAAUUGGCAAUAUUGCCUUAUUAUUUCUCAUGUGGUUAAGUGGCUUUGAUGAGCAAUUCGCUCAUAUUCUAGCUCCACAACCAGGUAAUAGGAAUCAUAAUGCUGAAGAAAUUGGUGAAGAUGCUGGGGUGGAACAGCAAGCUAUUGCUGGUGUAAGAGAUGCCGAUCUUGUCGAACUGUUAUUAACAGUGUUGAUAGCUCUUCUUCGGUAUUUUCGUGGAUUGAUUAUUAGUAUCUUCAGGCUUGCUGUUCAUGAUCCUGUAAGAAGGACUUUUAUUUAUCUGGCUACGGGUACCUCAUAUUUUUUGCUUAGCAAUAACGUGCAGCGUGCGCUGAGAAUUUUGGGGCUCAUUGGACAAAUAGUCCUGCUUUGUCUUUCAUGGCUUUUCUUCGCAGCUUCAUCGAUUUUCACACCAUCUAUAAAGUCAGCACUCUAUAUAGAAAAUAACUCAUUGAAGAAUGCAUCACUUGUCAUUACAAAUUUAUCUGCUGAGAUUCAGAAUGAUAGCCUCCUUUCAUCUGCUAUAGACUGGACCAGUACUGGACCAGGAGAGGACUUAAGAAGUGUUGGCAUACCACUUUUAGUGUACCCAAGCUCAGGCCUGUAUGAUGUUAUUACUCUUGCUACUGGAUAUACAGUCGCUGCGCCUUUGGUCAUCUUUGUCCUUGGUGUCCCUAGAAGAAGAAUUGCAUCAAAGAUACAUUACCGUCUGAGGAAACUCCUGACUGCAAUGACAAAUCCUUUCUUUCUGAUAAUUCAUCUUGGGGUUCUUCCUUUGGUGUAUGGUUGGUGGUUAGAUGUCUGUACCAUCACGGUGCUUGGGAGGUCAAUUUCUGAUAGGGUGGAAUUCUUUUCAGAAUACCCUUUAUUUAGCUCUUUAAUGCAUUGGACGAUAGGAAUCAUGUACCUGUUUCAGAUACACAUUUCAACUAGCCAUGUUCGAAGGGUUUCGCGCAAUGAAGUUCUAUACUUUUUUCACGACUUAGCAGAACCAAUUCACAUCAUUUUACGUGGACUUACGAGUGACGUGCGAGUUCAAGCUAGUAAACUUCUGUUCUCCAUUGCCGUUAAUGGCAUUUUGAUAGUAUGCCUGGUAUAUUUACCAGUUAUACUAACCAUGCGAUUAGCAUCAACUAUCUUCCCUCUGCAUAUGCCGGUAUCUGACCCAUUCACUGAGAUUCCUGUAGUCAUGCUCCUGCUCCAGAUUUGCUUACCUUAUGCAAUUGAACUGCGGGAAACUGUUGAAUCUCUUCUCCGUCAAUGGGUUACUUCAGUUUGCUGUGUUCUUCGCUUAGUUGGUUUCUUGUGUUGUAGACCUGAGGACAUUGGUGGGCAUGAGAAUGUGAAAGUGGAAAGGCAGCAAGACAGACUGUGUGAUGGACUCAUUGCUGCUCAAGAUCCAAACAAAAAUAUUUUCAUCCCUAUUGGUUCAUCUUUGAUAAUUGUAUCCCUACCACUAGGACGAAUCCUGCUCAGUUCCAUUUCUAAUCUCCCAAUAUCUCAUGGCAUCAAGUGCAACGACCUCUAUGCCUUCUUUAUUGGAAAUGUUUCCAUCUGGACUUCUUUCACCGGAACAAGAUACUUCAUCAAGCACUUUAAAGCAGGGAAAGGGCAUUUACAGUUCAGCGAUAUCUGCAAGUCGUUUUGCAUCAUCAUUAGGGGUUCUGUUCUACUAUCACUUUGGAUCAUUGUCAUUCCCCUGUUAGUCGGGCUUUUAUUUGAGUUUUGGUUCAUGGUGCCAAUACGAGCAUUGGUGGUUGAAGCCCCAGUUUUAGCCUUGUGUCAGGAUUGGGCAGUAGGAUUCUUCUUCUUUAAGCUGUGGAGGACACUGGUUGUGCUGAACCAUAGAAGUGUUCUGGUGGAUGAAAGCUGGCGGAUUAAGUUUGAGAGGGUGAGAGGAAAUGAUGUCUUGAAGCUUCCAAGGCGUUGGAUGCUGCAGGAGAUACUGAUCCCAAUCAUUAUGAGUCUGUUGAUGUUUCUUUGUCCUCCCUACUUUGCAAGAUGGAUGCUUGGGUUUCCGGUAACAGUAAACGCAACUGUCGAUCUGUUUACUUGGGUAGCCUAUGUGACCAUAAUUGUAGUGUCUUCCUGUGCCAAAAGAUUACCUGUUUGGAUCACCACCCUUCACAAUUCCAUCCGAGAUGACCGUUAUUCUGGUUUUGGGCUGCAAAAUUUUGGUGAAGCAGGAGUGGAUUGCGAAAAUGAGACUGGUAAGUUGGUGAGAUGGCUAUCAGAGUCUCGAGGACGCUAGUGUGUGUCGAAUAAUUAAUGUCAGCAAGGAAGUAUCAUAAGAAUCAAAGGUGUGUUUAGCUGUUUAGUUGUUUUGUUAAUAGGGAAAUUUUGAGAGAGGUUGUAAAUAUUCAGAAGAGGUAGAAGGUUGCAUAACUACUAGUUUUGAAGGUUGUACUUGAAAGUACUGAAACAGAGAAGUGAAACUCUUGUAUUGGAAUUGUGAAAAAUUGUGAAUUUUUUUAAAA